AAAAAGACCCGACCCUAAACAUAUCGUACGGCCCUCGUCCACUUCCUUUAUAUUCCGCAUCGGCGACCACGCCCUCCAUCUGUCGUCUGCAUGAUUGGCGGCGGGGUUCAAGACUCAGGAAGUAGAGGUGCGGUCUAUGGUGAGGAAGAAUAAAAAAUGGGAGGCGGACUGGCCCAUUUGGGUCACAAUGCCCUUAGUAUUUGGACCUUGAUAAAUAUCGCACGUGUGGCACAAAUACAUGGCAACUCCGGACAUUUUUUAGACAAGUUUAGUGACGCGAAGAUGGCAACUUUCUUUUCGGACGGCAAUUUUCAGUUUUUUUUUGUUUGUUUUUUCUCUCGGAUGGUAAAUUUAGCUGUAAAAACGUCAAGGACGGAUUGUUUCGUGCCACACGUGUGACACUUAUCAUUUGGUUAGUGUUUUUUUUUCUUAUUUUAUUGGACGUGUUGGCUCUAUGCAUCAUGAUACGCAGCGGUCGUUCAAUGCGGUUGAAUCACCUUGUAUCGAUUGAAUGUAAAAUAUCCUUUAUAUAAGAAAAUACCGACAUUCUAAUUAAUAUCGUUGUCUCCCCCCAAGCCAACAGCAGCGGCUGACUCUGCUUCGUGAUGUACACGAUCCGACUACGGCCCGUAUAAAUACCGCCACUCACUGGAAUCGUUCUCACACUCUCGACUUGUGACUUGUGAGCAAGCGGUGGCGAACACAGGAGGAAAGCACGCACCCGAGACGACCUAGCCGUGCCAAAUCCAAUGGCUGACACGGCCGCCGCCCCGCUCCUGACAAGCCACAAAGCUAGGCCGUCGAUCGAUGAAACAAUGGAGGCGUACAUGGGUGCCACCGGCGCCGGGCAGCUUCUUAAGGCCGUCUUGCUGGCCUUCGCGUGGGCCUUGGACGCGCAGCAGGUGUUCAUCUCGGUCUUCACCGACGCCGAGCCGCCGUGGCACUGCACGGACGCCGACGCCGACGCGUCCUCCUGCUCUGCGGCUGCGGCCUCCCCUUGCGCGCUCCCGCCUGGCGCGUGGGCGUGGGACCGUCCCGCCGUAACGUCGGUGGUCUCGGAGUGGUCACUCGAGUGCGCCGGCCCGGCACUCGUCUCGCUCCCGGCAUCCUCGUUCUUCGCCGGAUGCCUCGCCGGCGGAUUCCUCCUCACCACGCUUGCCGAUUCGCUCCUGGGCCGCAGGAAGAUGCUGCUCGCGUCCAUUGUGUCCAUGUCUGCCGCUGGCGUGGUCACCGCGUUCUCGCCGAACGUGUGGGCGUACGCCGCCCUGCGGUUCGUGUCCGGGUUCGGCAGGUCCAUGGUUGGCACGUGCACGCUUGUCCUAUCCACGGAGCUCGUGGGAAGGAGGUGGCGCGACACGGUGUGCGUGGCCGGGUUCUUCUGCUUCACCCUCGGGUUCCUGUCGCUCCCGGCGCUCGCCUACACGUUCCGGGAGGCGUCGUGGCGGAACAUGUACCUGUGGACGUCCGUGCCGUCCCUCUGCUACUCCAUCCUAUUCUACUUCGUCGUCCAGGAGUCGCCGCGGUGGCUGCUGGUGCGCGGCAGGAGGCAGGACGCCAUCGACACGCUGCAGCAGAUGCAGAUCGGCGGCAUAACGUCCUCCAAUUUCUCCAUGAUACACGCCUGUGCCAUGAACGACGAUGAUGACGACGCGGAGGCGGGCGCGAGCAGCGUGUUCGCCACGCUGCACUCCAUGUGGGAGCGCCCGUGGGCGCUCCGGAGGCUGGCGGCGAUCAUGACGGCCAGCUUCGGCGUGGGCAUGGUCUACUACGGCAUGCCGCUCAACGUUGGCAACCUGGGCUCCAACCUCUACCUCAGCGUCACGUACAAUGCGCUGGCCGAGCUGCCGUCCUCCAUCCUCUCGUGGCUCCUGAUGGGACGGAUCAACCGUCGGAGCUCGGUGGUCGCGCUCACGGCGGCGGCGGGGCUGUGGAGCCUCGCGUGCGUCAUCAUCCCGCAGGGCACGGCGCGGAUGGCCGCCGAGCUGGUCUCCUUCUUCGCGACGUGCACGGCGUUCAACGUCAUACUCAUGUACUCCAUCGAGCUGUUCCCGACGUCCGUGCGUAACUCGGCGGUGGGGCUGGUCAGGCAGGCGCUGGUGCUGGGAGGCGUGGCGGCGCCCCUGCUCGUCGCGCUCGGCCGCCGCAACAGCUUCUUCUCCUUCGGCGUCCUCGGGCUCGUCAUCGGCUGCUCCGGCAUGUUCGCUGCCUGCCUGCCGGAGACCAAGGGAAAGGCCAUGUCCGACACCAUGGACGAGGAGGACCACAAGGAACACACUUGCACCGUCCACGACCACGUGGACACUAGUACCGACCUUCACAUUGUGCAAUUCCCUUAA